AUGAAGGCUGUUGUUAGUCCCGGUUGCCCGCAAAAGGAUUCUUCAAACUGCAGCGAGCUUGCCUUGCGGUGUUUAUCGGAGCACAGCUUGAGCAUUGCCCGGUGUAAAAUGGAAGAGGACUCCGUAUGCCUGCAAUAUGACAUGAAUGACUGUUACAGCAGGUUGAAGCGGCUCGUGCCCACCAUUCCACGGGAUAAGAAGGUUAGCAGAGUAGAAAUCCUGCAGCAUGUGAUAGACUAUAUAUUGGAUCUGCAGUUUGCUUUGGAAGCACACCCAGUUCUGUUGAGUCAACAACAUGGGAACUGUCCGUCUGCCAACCGCAGGGCACCAUUGUCAGCUCUGAACACCGACCAGGGAGCGCGUCUCGGUCGACUUGGAAAGGGGGAGAGCACAAGAGACUGA